ACUGGCAGGCCGGAGUUUAUAAGUACUGCAGUGCGCGUCUGUGUCAGUAGCGGGUCUUUUUGGGUCUGAAGUGGAGGUUCAGUUUUAUUUUUACAUCUGAAACUAUGGCCUCUGAUUCAGGCUAUGGGCAGCCUGGAGCCCAACAAAGUUAUGGAUCCUAUGGGGGGUCCCAAGGCUAUCAGCAAGGUGGGCAGGGCUAUGGUCAAGGUAAUGGAGGUGGCUCUUAUGAAGGAUAUGGACAAUCAUCAGAGGGAUAUGGACAGACAUCCCAGAGUUACUCAUCUGGUGGAUAUGGGCAGCAGCAGCAGCAGCAGCAGCAGCAGCAGCAGCAAGGCUAUGAUAAUUAUGGUCAGCAAGGGUCUGACUCUUCAUGGUAUGGAGACAAGUCUUAUGGGCAGCAGAGCUCUUUUGAACAGCAGUCUGAAGGAGGAUAUGGUCAGUCUGGGGGCUCAUAUGGGGGCUCUCAGGGAGGUUACGGAAGGCGGAAUGAUGGGGACACCAGGAGGUAUAGCGGGGAUGAUGGUGGAGACAGGUCUGAAGGGUUCAGAGGCAGAGGGCGUGGGGGGUAUGAUCGUGGCGGCUACGACCGUGGAGGCUUUGACCGAGGUGGAAGAGGAGGAGGCGGCCCACCCUUUGGUAUGGGUGGUGGUGACCGUGGUGGCUACAAAAAUUACGGUGGACCCAGAGACUACAGUCAAAGGGAUGAUUCAGAAGAGCAAGACAAUUCCGACAACAACACCAUCUUUGUCCAAGGUCUUGGGGAAGACGUCACCACUCAGGAAGUCAGCGACUUCUUCAAACAGAUUGGAAUCAUUAAGGUGAAUAAGAAGACUGGCAAACCCAUGAUCAAUCUCUACACUGACAAAGCCACUGGCAGGCUGAAGGGUGAAGCCACAGUCUCGUUUGAUGACCCUCCAUCUGCCAAAGCUGCCAUUGAUUGGUUUGAUGGCAAGGAGUUCAAUGGUAAACCCAUUAAAGUGUCAUUUGCCACCAGAAGGGCUGAAUUCACCCAAAGAGGAGGAGGAGGAGGAGGCAGAGGGCGUGGAGGUUUCAGAGGUAGAGGAGGCUUUGGUGGUGGUGGUCCAAACUUUGAUGUCAAAGGAGGAGAUUGGCCUUGUCCCAACAGCUCAUGCGGCAACAUGAACUUUGCACGGCGAUUCGAAUGCAACAAAUGUGGUGCACCAAAACCAGGAGACAGUUUUGGAGACCGUGGCGGUAGAGGAGGCUACGGCGGCGACCGCGGUGGAUUCAGAGGUGGUAGAGGUGGCUUCCGAGGCGGAGACCGCGGGGGCUUUGGUGGCGGUGGUGGAGGCGGUGGCUAUGGUGGUGGAUACAAGAUGGGAGGAAGAGGGGAGCACAGAGAUGAGAGGAGAGGCCGGCCAUACUAAAGGAUUCAAGCAAAAGCACCAUUGUAAGAGAAGUUGGAGUGAGGUGGGGGGGGGGUGGGGGUGGGGGGGAAGGUUAUAACAUUUGGGUAAAAGUGAUAGGAGAGGUCAGUUUUCCACAGUCUGUGUACUUUUUCUGCCAGAGCGUCUCAUGUACUGCUUCCAGUGGCUCCCUCUGCGCUGAAGCGUCAAUGUGAAUCUACUGUUUGAGGACUCCUGGGGCUUAGAGGAUGGGAUGAAGGGGC